CUUUAACAUCUUUACCGUAAAAGGACUUUUUGACAAUUUUUUAAAAAUGUUUGAUAACAUUGCUUAUUUAGCAUAUUGUUCUAAAAUUUAAAGGGAGGUAAUAGGCACAGUAAGAGUGGCACUAUAUUCUUGGAACGUGGUUUUACAUGUUGGAUAUUCAUUCUUUUUUCUUCAGUACGUUGCUGGUAGUCACGUGGAGUUGGAUGCAGACGUUUUUGUCAUAAAUCGGGAUUGCAGAGCGGAUUCGCAAAAACAAAAGGUUAAAUGUUUCGAGGGGGCGAACCGAAUGGCUCACCAAAAGCAAUGGAAGACAUUUCCCGCUUUGUGUGUUAUACGCUGGAUCAUAUUGGGUAUAGUCAGGAUAUAAUCAGAUUGAGAAGAAACUACUGGCGCAAAUAUACGAGGCUAUUUAACGAAAGUUUCGGUUGCAACUGUAUAACUGCUGGAAGUAAAGCUGAGGGAAUAACUUCAGUUUGUGAAAGUGACAUGGACUGUAUGUUCCUGCCAAAUAACGCCAUAUGCACAGACAGUGUAGAACCGCUUUUACAGUUGCCUGGUAUGACAACUUUCCAAACUGACAGGUCGAAUACCGUUCCCGGUUACACGAAGUUCAAAAUGAUCAAUUACAAUAAGGAAGCAACUCCGUUUGCGAUACAGGAAUCGUUAUUUAGAGAAAACUCCGGAGAUGUAUUCGCAUCAAGCACGUUGUUUGUUUCAAACCUCAACAGAAUGGCGUAUAGUGAUGAUUUCCUUACUUUUCACGAUCUAUCGGGUCCAGCUGUACCAGUCACUGGGCCUUUAGGAACUAUGUUCGAUAUGGUAAUUGCUUUACCGUGCAUAAAUGCAGAUGUAUUACACUCGUUCAGAACACGACAAAGACAACACGACUGGCCACCUUCAGAUAUCAUACAAGAUGAAUCCACGGCGGUAUGUCAACUGGUUCCCGUAGGAUAUAAAGGAAGCUGUGAUCAGUGGAAGGAAUGGAGAUUUUGUUUCAUACAGACGGAAUUGAAUCUGACGAGCAGUUUGAAUGAUACACAAAUUAAGCUGUACAUAGUUUUGAAAAUGAUAGCCAAAAAUAUUUUAAAAUGCGUAAGUAAUGAGAUAUCAUCUUACAUUAUGAAAAACAUUACUUAUUGGCUAUCUGAACGGCUCAGUGCCCGUAUUUUCCGAGAGGAAAAUCUCAUAGCAUUGAUCCUCUUAGCUUUAAGAUGUCUUCAAGUUUCAGUCAAAAAUAUGUGUCUUCCUUACUACAUGAUUCCUGGACGCAACCUCCUUGCGGAGAGACUGGAGCCGAAUACAAGGCUCAUCCUGUCUGAUGUCAUUUCUAAGCUUCUUGAUGAAGGUCCUCAACUUCUGAUGCGAUGUGAAAAGCUUCGUGAUGGGUUAGUUGUAAUGUACAGAUCGCCAGAGCUGGCAGUUAACUUUAAAAACACGAAAGAAUCAUUUGAACUUUUCAAUUACCUAAAUAGCUUACAAAAUUGCGAAAAUGUGUUUGAACUGGAGAAAGAAACAGAUAUGAGAACCUUUCUCAGAACCUUACUUUCUGACUUUAACAGAUGGUUGCUAGAAACGGGCAAUACUGACGUUUUUGCACAAAUCAUUAGUCUUUGCUCUUGAAGAGACAUUAGUACCAGCAGCAUUUUUUUAGUAGAAAGCACGCAAAUUAGCCAAUAUUAUAUCUAGGUAAGCUUUCAAUCUAGGUAAGUAAUUGGGGCGAUGGUAACAACAUUAUUAUUUCAGGAGAUAAUUAAAAUGGAUGUUUUGA